ACAAUAAAAUUCCAUUGUGCUCUCAAUCAUUUGUGGUGUCGGAGAAUAGACCUAUUUAGUCUCAAAAAGUUAUAAUAUAAAUAAAAAAAAAAUGCACGACAUCUUGUGUUAUUUAUUCUCUUAAAUUAAAUAAAAUAAAAAUCAUAACGAAUCACUUUGAAAAUAAAAAUGUUAUUUAGCGAAAACAUUAUAAACCAUGUCUAUUAAGAUACACAUUUUAAUAAUAAUUUUUAUAGAAGCAAAAUGCUCGAUAGUUUUCGAUGGGCCUCUUCAAAGUGCUCUGAACGUUACGGAUUACUGUCCCGAAAUUGGAGUAUGUAAAGAAGGAAGUCAUGUCAUGUGCACGGAUUAUAAUCCGAACUAUACAAUGGGCCCAACAUGCGCGGGUGUAGAAAAUGCGACUAUGACGGAGGACAAUGCGGCUCUGAUACUAGAUUUGAUCAACAGUAUAAGAAGCAGAGCAGCUCGUGGUCUGGCCAUGGGCUAUGAGAAAGAAUUACUCCCAAGAGCCUAUGGAAUGUACAGAGUCGAAUGGGAUCCAGAAUUGGCCACAUUGGCCCAAGUGUGGGCUAAUCAAUGUGUUUUAGAACGAGACAAUUGUCGAGCAACUAAAAAUUUUCCCGAUCCCGGACAACAGGCUUCGAUAGCUCGCUUUGUAACGGACAAAUGGAUACCGAUAAGUAAAACGAAAGACAAAACUUAUAAUGAAUCAUCUGGUUUUAACUCACACAAGGUGACAUACGGUAUUAAAUCUUGCAUAAGAUCAUGGUACAACACACACGAAGAAAUCGAUUCUGAGAUAAUCAAAGACAAAGCUGGAAAUUGGAAUUACGAAUUACUAAGAAAUCCUUACCUUCAAAUCGUUACUGGUCCACUAACACAUAUGGGUUGCGGCACUUCAGCUUUCACAGAAUAUCGAUAUUUAACAGAAACAACAUACCUUCUCUAUAAUGUAAUCCGUCUGGUUUGCAAUUUUUCUUCAAGAGUUUACGACGAUCGUGGGAUAUAUAACGUCACUGCUCCAACCACAUCAGAGUUCACUCCCCAAUGUGGCUGUCCGCCAGGAUACGACGAGGAUUCCUGGUGUUUGUGCUACAAAAGCGAAAAGAAUAAAACAAAACCUUGUAAAAUUCAUCAUAAUCCCAAGAAAACUUAUGUAGCGGUUGUUCCAAUUUUCACUGUUGAAGAUUAUCCAGGACCUUACCAGAGAUCAAGGCAAGAUUACUUUCCAAAAUAUAUUUUGUUCUUAAAUAUUACAUUACUUUUAAAAUUAUUACAACAAAAGGUUAUAUUGAUAAUAAUUUUAAUUUAAUUUUAGGAUUAACAACACGAAGUCUCUGUCAUUAAAGAAAAUUCGAAAUCAGCACACGAAAAGUAGGCGUUUCAAUACUUAUGGACAAUUUAAUCCUUUCUCAAAUAUUUCAAUUUACGGCUCACCGACCAGAAAAGUUAAGGAUUACGGUGAAAUAGGUAAAACAAGAAAAGAUGUUCCGCCGAGAAAGGACUUUUCUAAGACAAAACAUAUCCUUUUCAACUAUUUAAGUAUGAGAAAAACAAUUAAUUUACGUAACAACACAAUAAAAAACAUAGAAAAUCAGUACAGAAGCUCUUUGCCGAUAAAAAAUAUUAAUAAAAAGAAUAAUAUUGUUGAAAACAAAUUGCAUAAGAAAGAUACAGCUGAAGCUAGCAUCAUGAUGCAACAAAAACGCCCAAGCACUGCUAGCAAAUCAAUACAAGAUGACGGAAAUCUAUUGAGAUUAAUACAUAAAUUAGAAAAUGAAGCUAAACAUAUAAAUUUAAAUGAACAUGAUAGAAAGAUACUGAAUAACGAAAUUCGCGAAUUAUACAACGUCGUCAAAAACACGUAUUAUAUAUUGAGAGACAAUAAAAAAGUUUACAUUGAUAUCGGGACUUCCAAAAGGAAUGAAAUUUUCACUAAUGAUUUGAAAAAUAGAUACUUCAAUAACCAAACUGGAGAUAAUAAGGUUAUUACGAUAAGAGAAUUUCCUACGUCUACAAACAACUUCCAAUAUAGCACUAAUUAUAAAAACUCAUUGCCCGGAAAUGCAUUACGAACACUCACAUAUUACUCUGGUAAACACGUCCACAAAACUAACGAAAAAAUCAAAGACAUGGACGAAAAUUUAGGAAAACAUUCAAAAUCUGAUGGACGAAAAUUAUCGCUGACGAAAAAAAUGUAUUACCAGAAAAGAAUUAAUGACAUAAAAAGGAUACUUACUCUGAAAUAUAAUUAUCAUAAUAAAAGCAGAGUACACCCACUGCAAAUGCGACCUACACUGGAAUCUACCGCUCUGCGAUCAAGAAGAAGUUAUUCAUCACAUAAUAAAAGUAAGUACAUAACUAUUAUCAAUAAGGUGUCUACGCGAAACGGUGCGCUGUACAUUUACUUCCGAUUUGCAUUAAACUAAACACAAACGGAUCGCAGUUUCCCGAUGGUAUACCUACAUAUAUCCCAUAUAGGUACAUAUAUCCUGUAU